GGCCAUCAACAGCCAUGGGGUCUGCACAGGAAGCAGAAGAGCUGGAUCCACAGGCAGAAGUGGUUGCAGACACAGUUCUUGAGGUCGGAGGGAGACUUUUUCAGGUCAGCCGUAGGGCACUUUCGUUACACAGCCGUUACUUUGAAGCGAUGUUUUUUGGGGGCACGAGGGAGAGCUCUGAGCACCACAUAGUGAUCAGAGGGACUGAUGCAGUGCCUUUCCAGGCACUUCUUGAGUUCACUCGCACAGCCCAAGUGCUCAUAGGUCAAGAAAAUGUGACCAGCUUGCUGGAGACGGCUGACUUUUUCCAGUUUGAUAGAGUGAAACUGUUGUGUGAGAAAUUCCUGGAGAGGGAGCUGCAUGUUUCCAACUGCCUGGGCCUGAUGGCCUACUCACAGCGUUUUGCCUUUAUAGAGCUGCAUGCAUCUGCCAUGAACGUGGCUCUCACCCACUGGGGGGACGUGGUGUCUCAGGAGGAAUUUAAGGCACUACCCAAAGAAACGCUGAUGCAGUUCCUCAGAAGCGAUGACCUCUUUGUUCCUCGAGAAGAUGUGGUAUUUGACAGCAUCAUGGUGUGGAUAAUGGAGGACCCAGCAACAAGAGAGAAGGACUUUUUGGAUUUGGUGGCCGAAGUCAGGGUGGCUUUUCUGAGUUUGUCCUUCCUCGAUAUCUUGGUGAAGCGCAGCAAGCGCCCUGGGCAGGCAGAUACCUUCUGCAGGCUGAUCAGGAGGUUAGACAGCUGUCCUCCACCCAGCUGGCAAAACGUGGCGCUGCGUCCUUACACGGGUCGGAGCUACGACACCUUGUACGUCCUGGGAGGAAAGCGUGACAAAGAACAGCAAGAAUUAUUUCUGUUUCAGCCUAAAACGGGGACCUGGCAGGCUUGCUCUCCAUUGCAGCGCAGAAACCUCACCCAAUACGCAGUGGCAGCAGUAGGAAGCUUCCUUUUCGUGACAGGAGGAUAUUUCCGAGAUGAGUUUGUGUGGUACAGCGUGGAUUGGGUGCUGAUCUACAACUGUCUGAGCAACAGUUGGCUGGAAGGCCCGGCCAUGAAGAAGUCUCGCAACAGCCACUGUGCAGUAGGAGUAGGGCUCUACCUGUAUGUGCUUGGAGGGAGCACGGAUGAAGGGAUCAUUGCAGAAGUGGAGCGCAUGGCGUUGGUGGACUCUGAGUGGGAAAGCAUGAGUCCUAUGGUGCAGCCUGUGGAGCGGGGAGAUGCGGUCAGUGUGGGAACCAGGAUCUAUGUGGUCUGUGGCCUAGAUGAAAAUGGACAUGUCUAUGAUGGAGUGCAAAGGUUGAACACAGAGACGGACAGCUGGGAUGUCAUCUCAUUUUCUCCACUUCCAAGGUAUGAUCUCUGCAUCACGUCACUGAACGGCGCUCUGUACACCAUAGGAGGGGAAGCUUUCCGAUUUGAUGUGGAAACAGAUGAGUGGACCCACGUGGACGAAGAAUGCUUGACCCAGAAAUUCUUCAUGGGAUGCUGCACUGUGAAUGGACAAAUUUAUCUGCUUGGGCAGAGAAAGGGUAACAGUGCCCUCCCCAUUGUUGUCCUCUUUGAUCCCUAUGUUGAUAUGUGCCAGGUCAUAGACAACAAACUCCCAUGCCCCCUUCCUAUUCAUGGUUGUGUCUCCGUGCGAAGGUUUGAUACGUAGGCUAAGUGAUGUCAGAUCUGGGAUAACCAUGGAGGAAAAGUCAUGUGCUUUACAGCCAACGGGAACCAGAUUGUGUCAAAUUUGGUUUGUGAAAUAUGUUUAAUUUUGAACAUAGAUCUCUUUCCUUCCUA